AUGUCAACUGAGGUAGACAACCUCCUUACAACGCCCCCGACAACGGUCUCUUAUUCUCAUCGUCUCAAAAGCCAUGAAGAAGGAGAAUCAGCAGUGGAAAGACUGGCGGCAAAAAUCGAGCAUCGGCGUGGCAAUCGUCUUGGGAUGACCUAUGAUGCCCGCCUCCAACUCGAGACGAUGUGCCACGAGAUUGCUCUUCGGAACAACUGCGACAAUCCCAAAGACGUGAGGAAAGAAGAUCUACUGUUAUUGCGAAAGCUGUUUGAUUCUCAAGUCAUUGGACAACAACAACGCAAUCCACUGCUCCGAUGGAGGGAAACUUGGCUGGGAAUCAAGACAACCGAGAAAUACCUGUUGGAAGCCGUGGAUCGGGCAUUGCAUCACGUGGAAGAAACACAAGAUUGUCUUCACUUCACAGAAUGGAUUGCCCUGUAUUCGAAAGAAGUACACAAAUGGCCUUGGAUGAGAAAUGAGUCGGCCAAUGCUUUCCUCGUGGUUGUGGCUUUCUUCAUUUUGACGCCCAUUCUGUUUUGUCAAGUCAUGCGAGAUAGAAACAUCUGUGGAGAUCCAUCCAGUGGAAUCAGUUGGUUGAAUGGCUGCUAUAUGGCAUCCGUGACUUUGAGUACAGUCGGUUACGGCGAUGUGACUGUGGGGAAGGACAACGUGUAUAUUGGAACUGCCUACAUGAUUGUGUCAGUUUGCGUAUCAAUCACAGCCUUUAGUGCGGCGGCAGGGGAUGCAUUUUCACCUUUACGACACUUUUACAAAACAUAUCUUAGAUUUGACGAAGAAGACGUUGCCGAGGGUGCACCUUUGUCCAAGAAAUUGUGGAGGAUCCGUCUCUUCAGGUGUGUAUUGAGGAGGGAUCCCAGUGGACGUGGGGAGAGAGUAUCUACUGGUCUAUACAAUCAACGACUACCAUUGGCUAUGGGGACAUCAUCAUGA